UUUCGAUUUAUUUAAGUUUUCGAACUUUCAUGGCUAUCCUUGGUAUGUACGCAUAUUUGUUUGCAUAUCAAAUAUUUGUUUCAUUUAUUAGAUACAACUUCAUUUAUAAUUCAAAAGCUCCUGAGAAGACGCCGCUCUGUAUCCUACGUAUGCAUACAUUAUUUUUAUUGUUGUCGCAAAACAAAUAUGUAUACAAAACAUGCAUUUCUUGUUAUAUACAACCUGUUGGAUUACACACACACACACACACACACACACACACACAUAUCUAUCGAUCAGUUGUAUGGGUUGGCACAGUCUGAUUAAAACCACCCCCUCCUCCUAGCUUACACUCGUGAGGGGGGUGGUUUUAAUCAGACUGGGAUUGGCAAUGAUUUUUUCCCCCUUUAUUUGUUUGUUUUUUUAAUCAUUUUAUUUUUAUUUAUUUAUUACUUUGGGUCAGAUCUGAAUAUAAUCUUGCGUACAAAGUGUGAUAAAUGCAUUGCCACUUUGAGUCAUAAAAAUACAUGACUGGCGAUCAGCUGAUUACCUCACCAAGCGCUAAGUCAAGGACAUUUAAACGGAAGUGAUUAAUUUUCGGAUAUCCUCUAGAUUUACCGUAAGACGCGAGCCACGAACCUUAUUUACAUCAAGAUGGCUACGACAAAUACUCAAAAUACGACAUCGCCACAGAAUGCACAAAACAGAAGAGCGCAGGUAAUGAUUGGGGAGCUCCCCUCUGAUUUCCUGCGGGUUUCUUACAAUGACGCACAGCAGCAGCUGAUGGGAGACGAACGGAUUGCUCAGAUUCUACAAGCACAGCAACAGGCAGGAUUCAUGGCUCCAAUCCCGGCCAACAUCCAGGGCCGUCUCAGUCUCACAGUGGCACAGGCUAAGCUAGCCAAAAAUUAUGGCUUAACAAAGAUGGAUCCCUAUGUCAGAAUAAGACUCGGUCACUCCGUGAUAGAGACUCCUACAGCUUACAACGGAGCAAAGAAUCCGCGAUGGAACAAAGACAUUAACUUGUAUCUCCCUCACGGUGUUGAUUCAAUGUAUUUAGAAAUUUUCGAUGAGAGACAGUUUACAAUGGACGACCGAAUUGCUUGGGCAUACAUUUCGAUUCCUGAGUCAGUUAUCAAUGGGGACACUAUGAAUGAAUGGUUCCCCUUAAGUGGUCGUCAAGGAGAUGAGAAGGAAGGAAUGAUCAACCUUGUUAUGUCCCUUAGUGAGGCACCACAACCUACAGCCCAGCCUGUGCUCUAUCAGCAACCAGUGGUGUACUACCCCCAGCCAAUCGGAGGUUUCCCCAUUGCAGUACAAUCUGUUCCUGCGGGAAUGCCUGUCUACCCCCCACAAGUCACCUCUCCCCAGUCGCAGCGCCCUCUAUUCACGGACGAAGACAUGAAGCAGGUCAAGGACAUGUUCCCCAACAUGGAAGAUGAGGUCAUAAGGUCGGUGUUGGAGGCCAACAGAGGGAACAAGGAUGCUACCAUCAACUCACUCCUUCAGAUGAACAGUGACUGAGACUGACCAAUCAAAACCAAGCUCUGUGUAUCGGAAGAAAUUCCUAUCAAUAUGUCUUCAAAACGGUUAUUAAUAUGUUGUAAGCUUAAAGAUUUAUAACUGUGAAUGCUGUAAUCGGUAUUUUUGACAGUUCCUUAUUAUGAUUCUGUAGAACUUUAAUCUGUGUAGCAUGUUGGUGGCUUUUUGUAUAACAUACGAAAGCCUGCAAUGGCUAGGUUGCAAUCCACAGAUGAAGUUUCAUGUUAAUAGCAAUUGUUAUUACCAUUGUUCUGUAUGCAUCUGUUGCUCUAAGUAUGUACAUAUAUGUAUAACGUGUAUUUAAAACUGACUGUUACAGUUCAAAUUAACAUGAAAAUCAUAAUACAUAUUUAUGCAUACCAUUAGCUGCUGCAUACAGCAUUGUUUUCACUACUGCUAAAUUUUCACUGUUUUCACUUCGAGUAAAAAUUAAUGGACUAUUUCCUUUAUACCAUAGCAUAUUCAUAAAUGGACAUUAAAACUGUAAAUAGAUGUAUAUAGUAAGCCUGCAUGGGAAAAGGACUUUAAUAAGAAACGGUGAAAAUGACCAAGAGUGAAUAUAAAACUGUAUACAGUAACAGUGUCACACCAUCUCUAGGUUUGAUGCAGACACCAGCUUUUGGUCGCACCUGUAGUGACUUGUUUCUUUAUGUUGUCUGUUGUGUUGGAAUAAGAUUCGGGAAUGAGUGUAUGAUUGUUAUGUGAGUACGAGUAUCGUACAUUUUCUGCAGUGCAGGAUUAUAUGCUGUUGAUUAACGUUACUUAAUUAAUUUUUUAAUGAUUAAACUGUAAUUUUAAAAAAUGAA